AUGGAGAGCACGCCGACGGUCAACGGGCAGCGCACGAGGCAGGAGCACCGCGGGCUCCGGGGCCGUCUUGCCGGCAUCUUCUCCUCGCCCACGCCCGAACAGCAGUGCUUCCAACAGGUCGCCAAGCUCACGGAGCAGCUCCAGAAGCAGAGCGAGCUCAAGGAGACGUACAAGGCCCGGCUGGAGAACGCGCAGGAGUACCUAAGGUUCUGCCUCGACGUCGCCCAGCAACACGGCUUCUUGCACCUCAUGUCCGCCUCCUCAAACGACGGCAAGCACUCGCCUCGCCGCGACAACGAAGCGGAAGCCGCAACGACGGCAGACGACGACGAGGACGGCGAACGGGAAUCAAUAGAAGUACCGCCCUGCGACCCGUACCUGGCUGCCACGAGAGACCUCGCCGUUCAGCACGGCUGGUCUGUCGCACCUGAAGAGAUCGAGUUGCACGAGAAGAUCGGCCGAGGGACAACGGCGGACAUACACCGGGCGACGUGGAGGGGGCUGGACGUGGCGGUGAAGUGGAUGAGGCCGGAGCUCUUCCUGUCCAACCCGAGCGCCGAGGCCUUCUUCGCGCAGGAGCUGGACGUCCUGUCGCGGCAGCGGCACCCGCACGUGCUGCGGCUAAUGGGCGCGUGCCUGCGACCGCCGGACAGCUGCUUCCUCGUCACGGAGCUCCUCAGCGGCGCGACACUGGGGGAGUGGUUGCACGGCAGCAAGGAGCGGCGGAGGGAGCGGCCGCCGGGCACACUGCCGCCUCUGAAACAUAGAUUAAGCAGAGCGGUGGAGAUCGCGCUGGCGAUGUGGUACCUCCACGAGCAGACGCCGCGGGUCUUGCACCGGGACCUGAAGCCGAGCAACGUGCUUCUGGACAGCGACUCGCGCAUCCGGGUCGCCGACUUCGGCCACGCCAGGUUCUUGCCUGACGGCACGCAGGCGCUCACCGGCGAAACCGGGACCUACGUGUAUAUGGCUCCUGAAGUUAUUCGAUGUGAGCCCUACACCGAGAAGUGCGACGUGUACAGCUUCGGCGUCAUACUGAAUGAGCUAGUGACCGGGGAGCAUCCGUAUAUAGAGACGAGCUACGGGCCUAGCAAGAUUGCGUUGGAAGUAGCAGAUGGAAAGCUGAGACCAAAACUCCCACAAGAUGCACAUUGUACCAGUUUGGUGGAUCUCAUCUGCCAAACAUGGGCCGCGGAGCCUUCGAGAAGGCCUUCAUUCGCCACUAUCGCUUCGUCACUUCGAGAAAUAAAAGAACAAAUGUUGUGA